CCUGUUGUGUGUUGAACCUGUGACUGCACACACACACACACACACACACACAGUGACACAUGACCUGGUCACAUGACGCUCUCCUCUACUACCUCCUGGUUCAGACUGACUGGCUGCACGGAGCGAGGCUAGCUGUUAGCUCUACUGUCUACACGGCCGAGAUGAGUUUCCUAGGAGGUUUGUUUGGGCCGGUAUGUGAGAUCGACGUACUGCUGAACGAUGCAGAGAACAGAAAGACGGCCGAGUUGAAGACAGAAGAUGGGAAAGUGGAGAAACACUACCUGUUCUACGACGGAGAGUCUGUGUCUGGCAAGGUGAAUCUAAAUGUGAAGCAGGGAGGAAAGCGACUGGAGCAUCAGGGCAUCCGCAUCGAGUUUGUUGGACAGAUAGAGCUGUUCUCUGAUAAGAGCAACACCCAUGAGUUUGUGGAUCUGGUGAAAGAGUUGGCUCUACCCGGAGAACUCACCCAGAACAGGAGCUACGACUUUGAGUUCAUGCAGGUGGAGAAGCCCUAUGAGUCCUAUACUGGAGCCAAUGUCCGGCUAAGGUAUUUCCUCAGGGUGACAAUAGUUCGUCGUCUGUCUGACUUAGUGAAGGAAUACGAGCUGAUUGUCCACCAGUUAGCCACCUACCCAGACGUCAACAACUCGAUCAAGAUGGAGGUCGGCAUAGAAGACUGCCUGCACAUCGAGUUUGAAUACAAUAAAUCCAAAUACCACCUUAAGGACGUGAUUGUUGGGAAGAUCUACUUCCUGCUGGUCAGGAUCAAGAUCCAACACAUGGAGCUACAGCUCAUCAAGAAGGAGAUAACAGGCAUAGGUCCCAGUACUACCACAGAGACCGAGACGGUUGCAAAGUAUGAAAUCAUGGAUGGAGCUCCAGUUAAAGGAGAAUCAAUCCCCAUCAGACUGUUCCUGGCAGGGUAUGACCUGACACCCACCAUGAGGGAUGUCAACAAGAAGUUCUCCGUACGCUACUUCCUUAAUCUGGUGCUGGUGGAUGAAGAGGACAGAAGAUACUUUAAACAACAGGAGAUUGUUUUGUGGCGAAAAGCUCCGGAGAAGAUAAGGAAAAGAAACUUCCAUCAGCGCUACGAGUCGCCCGAGCCCCGAACCCAGCCAGUUACUGCAGAGCAGCCGGAGAUGUGAUUGCGAAGCUAUGAACUGAAAAUACACACAGACACACACCAACUCUUCACUGCUGAACAGCCAGAGGUGCGAGGGCUGCCCCACCAUCUCCCUGGACUGAGAAAUGUAUACAUGAGUACACAUAACAUACCUUCAGACAUCCCCAUCACCACCCCGCAGCUUCAGACGGGAGCUGUCCGACCACCUUCACUCUCCCCCCCAACCCCCACCCCCCCGGGACUGAAACACACUCGCAUACAAACGCACAAGCAUUACAAUCCAAGAAGGCUGAAAGCUAAAAGGCAAGAGUGCAAAUCAAACCGACCCAAGUAAGGAGCAGUGAGGCAGCCUAUUUGAUCUGGGCGUCUCACAGUGAAAACACACACACAAGCACACACAAGUGAAGCCAUACAGUCUCAGUUUGCUGAAUGCGUAAUAAAAUAGGAGCAAAGACGGAAAAGAGGAGAAGGCUACAGACGAUCACCACACCAUUCAUCUCUUUCUUCUGCGCCAGGAGCUUCUUUUGUCUGCAUAUUUGGACAGCACUUAUCCUGGACUUUCUCUGGCAUCCUCUCUCCCACACCCCCCCCUACAAAAUGUCUACAGUUGGGAUGGGCUAGCCAGUGAUUUACAUGAGGGGAUCAGCCUGAACGAAGGACGUGUGAGGCAAAGCUAUGAGUCAACAUACGCUGUGUUUAUUCACUAUACAUGAGUUUAAGCUGUGAUGACGCCGCUAUCUAGCUGGGAAAUCAAGUUGUUGUUAAAUAUGUUGCAACAGUCCACAGGCUGCUUCUUCCAUGCAAAUGUCGGUUCAGUUCAACAAAUGUCCAUCUUAACAUUAAUUUAAUCUUCUAUUCUCAUCUUCAAAUGUGUCUGUUUUGUGAAAAUGAAAACAUUUUCCACUCUUACAUGUUUCCAGUUUCAGUCCACAUUUCAUUCCAUACAAGAAAUGUGUUUGAUUCAAGAUGGACAUCGUUUCAAUAUCAUUUAUUUCAUCAAAUAAUUUGAUUAAUAUAUAAAUCAUUUAGAGCUGCAACUAAUGAUCCAUUUCAUUAACUGUUAAUCUGCACAUUCUCGAUUAAUCGUUUAAUCUGUAAGAAGUGAAAUGGGUCUAUCACACUUUCCCAGUGCCCAAGGUGACCUCUGCAAAUGUCUUAUUUUGUCUGACCAGCAGUCCAAAAAUAUUCUAUUUACAAUUAAACAAUAGAGAGAUGCAACAAAUGCUCACAUUGAAUAAGCUAGAACCAGAGAAACAAUUAAUCGACCAUCAAAAAAGUUGCCAAUAAGUUUUCAGUCGAUCUACAAAUCGAUUAAUCAAUUCAUCGUUGCAGUUUCAUACAUUCAAAUUCACUGCUUGUUAAAGAUUCUUGAGCUUAAUACAACAUUUCAGUCUCUUGUUAAGAUGAAUAAUUGAUGCAAUUUUCACUGAUGAGGUCCGUCUGGUCCCUACAGGAUCGCCUCCAAACUGAUAAAGAGAUUCGCUACCAGGGUUUUGUUAAGUCGAGAUAUUUCUCUGGCACAAAGCGUUUUUGUUUAACCUUUAUAAGUGCUGUUUAUUUAUGACUAAUCGAGAAGAAUAUAAAAAAAAGCUUUUUUUCCCAAAGGCAGAUGCUUUGAGCACCGCAGAUUAAAUUCCAUUGGGUGGAGGAAGAGUUGUGGAGAGAGAUUUCAAAACUUGGACAUAUUAAUUAAAUCUGUAUGGCUAAAUAUAAAAUAUGUUUAUAUAUAAAAUAUGUUUAUUUGUAAUUUAGGUGAACUGAACCUGGUGUCAGCAGACUCUCACGUCAGUCGAUGUAAAACAUAUAUUUUCUUCAAUAUCUUAUAUUCAAACCUUAAAAAAAGGAUAAAGUUGUCCGGCUACUUGUACCUGAAAAUGGAUGUCCUGUCAUUACCACAUGAGAGGCGGUUUCUAUUUACCUUUUCAAUGAUUCAAUAGAGAAAAUGAAACAAUGCUAGCAACGAUCAGCAGAUUCACUGUCAGUUUCACUUUCUCUUCACAGGUUGUAGCAUUUUCUGAGCCUGUUGGGUUUGGUAUAAGUAGAAUACUAAUAUUUAAAAAAGUGUCUCAUGUCUGCUAUUGAAAGCACACGAAGGGAUGCUGCAUCAAUAUACUGUAAAAUCCAACAAUAUUCCACUGUGACGUUCAGACUGGCAGUUCAGGUCCUGCUUUAAAGACACUCACACUCACAGUUUGGUGAUGUUACCGGUCCUGAAUUUGCCCUUAAGCUCUGAUCUGUGGACAAUUUUGCACUUUCCCCUCUGAUGCGUAACUUUGUUUCAAAGGAAGCUGAAACUAAACAUCACUCAAGGACAAACGUCACCUCAGAGAUCUCCUGUGUCUAUAAUGGAAAAUAUACUGUCAUUUAUACAUCACUACCUGUUUUAAUUGGACUGGCUAAGAAGUACAAUAUUUAGUUGCUUUUUUGUCUCUUUCAUGUGCAAGUCAUGCUGUUAUAUGUUACAUUGCAUAAACCUCUGAACACCCACAUCUACCGUUUUCUUUUGUUUGGGAACGGUGUAAUUUAUUUGCAGGUGACGCUUUCUUUCUGCCUGUCACACGUUUUCUGUCUCUAAAUGCUGUACAGGUGCGGUUUGUUUGGUGAACUUUAAAUACCUUCAAUGGUAACGAAGAAACACUUAAAUGCCAAAACUCUCUGCCCUGUCUUAUCUACUGCAUGUUAAUCUUUACACAAUGUCCAAUCAUGCCAUCGACAUGUGCGUGCGUGUGUGUGUGUGUGUGUGUGUAUGAUAAUAUGUGUAUAUACACCAAACCCAAAUAUAUAGCCCAAAUGAAUCGUGAAUAAAGCAAAUUUAUACAGAA